AUGAAGCGUCUGUCGCGAGUAUUCAGUGGUAGUCCUAAGCCCGUUCCCGAAAAGGAAGAGCCUCAACAGACCCCCAAAACUAUCAUUGAAGGUCGGUCUGUGGAUGAAGGCAGACCCUUGAGAGUUGUGGUCAUUGGCGCUGGUAUCUCGGGCAUUCUCGCCUGCAUCCGGUUUGUCCAGAGAAUUCCAAAUCUUGAUCUGUGCAUCUAUGACAAGAACGCGGAUAUUGGAGGAACUUGGGUUGAGAACCGGUACCCAGGCUGUGCAUGUGAUAUUCCCGCACACACCUACCAGGCUACCUUCGAGCCCAACAAGGAAUGGUCUUCAUUCUAUGCCACUUCACCGGAGAUUCACCGAUACUGGAAGCGGAUUGUUGACAAGUAUGGAUGCAUGAAAUACAUCAAGUUGAAGCAGCAGGUUGAAGGGGCCACCUGGGAUGAAGAGAACUCAAAGUGGCAUGUUCAAAUCCAAGACAUGGAUAGUGGCUCAACGUAUAGCGACCAAGCUGAUGUUCUCAUCCAAGCGACUGGUGCUCUCAACAACUGGAAAUGGCCAAAUAUCCCUGGUCUCCAUGACUUCAAGGGCAAGCUGCUGCACAGUGCCUCUUGGGAUGAGGAAUAUGACUAUUCGAACAAACGGGUGGCUGUGAUUGGAAACGGUUCCAGUGGCAUUCAAAUUGUGCCCGGGAUGCUUCCGAAGGUGACCCAUAUUGAUCACUAUAUUCGCAGCCGGACCUGGGUUUCUCCAACUUUUGCGAGAGAGCAGAUUGAUAAACGUGGCAAGGGACUAGAGAACUAUAACUUCACACCGGAGGACAUUGAGACUUUCAAAAACGACCAUGAAGCUUACCAGAAAUUCCGUAAAGAAGUGGAGCUCGAGUUGCAGUCUAUCCAUGGGGCCACCCUCACUGGUCACCCUAUGCAAGUGGGAGCCCAUGAAGCCUUUGUCACAAAUAUGAAGCGGCGCUUGACGAACAAGCCUGAGCUUGCGGAUGAUCUUAUUCCUUCAUUCCCGCCAGCUUGUAGACGCUUGACACCGGGCCCAGGCUAUCUCGAGGCUUUGACGGAUGAGAAGGUUGAUAUCAUCAAGUCUGACAUUGUCAAGGUUGACGCGACAGGUAUUCUCACAGCAGAUGGUCAGCACCGAGAGGUCGAUGCAAUUGUUUGUGCUACCGGGUUUGAUACAACCCAUACUCCACGAUUCCCUAUCAAGGGACGAGGUGGACUCACUCUGGCGGAGCGCUGGAAAAAGACUCCCGAGACAUACAUCUCGGUCGCAACCGAUGGGUUCCCCAAUUACUUCAUCUCCCUCGGGCCCAACGCCGGCCUGGGAGAAGGUAACUUGCUCAUCUUGAUCGAAAGGGAGAUCGAUUACUUCACAGAAUGUGUGAAGAAGAUGCAACGCGACAACAUCCGCACUCUGGCUGUAAAAGCCGACGCAGUCCGGCGUUUUACGCAGUAUUGCGAUGAAUACUUCGCAGGCACCGUCUUCAGCAGCAAAUGUCGAAGUUGGUACAAGGGUGGUACUGAAGAUGGGCGCAUCAUUGCACUAUGGCCUGGGUCCUCCCUUCAUGCGAUGAAGGUAUUCGCAAAUCCCCGUUGGGAAGACUUUGACUAUAAGUAUGUCAACGACAAUCCGACCGGGUGGUUUGGAGAUGGCUGGACCGAGAAUGAAAAACAUGACAAGAUUAAUGUGAAUUAUCUUGAUGAUGAUCAGAUUGAUUUCCCCCAGCCUGUGCAAGUAUAG